CAGGACGGUCCGAGCUGAGGAUGAGGAGGACAUGAAGAGAGCUGCAGACGCGGGACGGACAGCUGCUCUAGACAUGCUGAGCCUUCAGCGCCCCCUGCUGGCCGCCUGCCUGUACCUGCUGCUGCCCUGCAGCCACAGCAGCAUCCUCAGCUACCUCAACGGCUUCCACUACACUGACCUCAGCAACGGGAACGGCAAGGACGAGAUUUAUUUCAACGGGAUUCGACUCUAUGUGGAAUCUCCUCAGCACUCGGUGUCGGCCACCAAGGGGAGCAACGUCACCCUUCCCUGUCACUACCACUACGAGCCCGAGCUCACAACGCCCCGCAGAACCCGGGUCAGAUGGUUCUGGCUGCCUGCAUACACCAACGCCACGCCGCCUGAAGCCUUCGCCAUUGAAUCCAAAGUGAUGGUUGCCAUGGGCAACCGUCAUCGCAGCUACGGCAGCUUCAAAGGUCGUGUGCGCUUGCGACGGUCAGCUCCAGGAGACAUGUCUCUUGUGAUCAACGAGCUGCAGCUGAACGACACGGGGCGGUACCGGUGUGAAGUGAUCGACGGCCUGGAGGAUGAAAGCGUGACAGUGAAGCUGGCGCUGACGGGUGUGGUGUUCCCUUACUACUCUCGGAAAGGACGCUACCGUUUUAACUUCUUCAGUGCCCAACGGGCGUGCCAGGACCAGGACGCCACUCUGGCUACGUUUGAGCAGCUCUUCACAGAAUGGGAGGACGGGCUGGACUGGUGCAACGCCGGCUGGUUGGCUGAUGGCUCAGUCCAGUACCCAGUCCAAGGUUCACGAGAUGUUUGUGGUGGUAAGGAUGUAGCUCCGGGUGUGCGCAGCUAUGGACAUCGACACAAAGUUCUCCACCGCUAUGACGCUUUCUGCUUCACGGCCUCUCUCAAAGGGACGGUGUAUUACCUGAACCACGCAGCUGAGCUCAACUACACGGAAGCGGUUCAGGCUUGUGCCACCAAUGGAGGUCAAAUUGCCAAAGUGGGUCAGCUGUUCGCUGCAUGGAAGCUAAUGGGACUGGACUGCUGCAAGGCGGGCUGGUUGUCUGAUAGAAGUGUACGGUAUCCUAUCACAAGCCCCCGGGCUAACUGUGGUCCACCAGAACCAGGUGUGCGUAGCUUUGGGUUUCCUGCUCCGUCUGUGAAAUUUGGCGUGUACUGUUAUAAGCAGAUGUUUUGACUCGGCACGAGGCAACUGUUCAUCCACUGAACAGGCUCAAAGAUUUGAUCUGCACAGCAGC